AUGACGUUGACAGAGCAUAAGCACAGAGAUGAGUUCCCUCCAGACUUUGUGUUUGGUGCAUCAACCUCAGCUUACCAGGUUGAAGGUGCAGCGAAUGAGGAUGGUAGGAAGCCAAGCAUAAUGGAUACCUUCGCUCAUGCUAAACAGGGAAACGAGUAUGUAGGUGAUGGAGAUGUUGCGUGUGAUCAUUAUCACAAAUAUAAGGAAGAUGUUCAGCUCAUGGUGGACAUGGGCUUAGAAGCCUACAGAUUUUCCAUAUCAUGGUCAAGGCUUAUUCCAGAUGGAAGAGGACGAGUGAAUCUCAGGGGUCUGCAGUAUUAUAACAACCUCAUCAAUGAACUGAUAAGCCAUGGAAUCCAGCCACAUGUUACGCUGCUCCAUUUUGACUUACCGCAAACAUUGGAGGAUGAAUAUCAAGGAUGGCUUAGCCGAAGAGUUGUGCAAGACUUUACAGCAUAUGCGGAUGUGAGCUUUAGAGAAUUUGGUGACAGAGUUAAGCAUUGGACUACAGUGAAUGAGGCCAAUGCAUAUGCAAUUUUUGGCUAUGAUGUAGGAAUCUCACCACCUCAGCGGUGUUCUCCAUCGUCUUUAGUUAACUGCUCCAAAGGAAAUUCAUCAACUGAGCCAUAUUUGGCAGCCCAUCAUAUAUUGUUAGCACAUGCUUCAGCUGCUAGGUUGUAUAGGAAGAAAUACCAGCGUGGCAUUAUUGGGUUAAAUAUCCUUUUAUUUGGUUAUGUUCCAAAAACUAACUCUAUUGAUGAUGUAAGGGCUGCUCAAAGGGCCCGAGAUUACAAUAUCGGGUGGUUUAUGUAUCCUAUUACAUUUGGAGAUUACCCUGACAUAAUGAGAAAGAAUGCUGGCACAAGGCUUCCUUCCUUCACCAAAAAGGAAUCAAAUAUGAUCAGGAACUCAAUUGACUUCUUAUAG